AUGGCAGGGCGCCUGCGGCCCAGCCACGCCGCCCAUGGGCAGCGGGCCCAGGAGUCGCCCAGUGAUGCGCUGCACUUGCUCCAGCAGCAUGUCUCCGCGGACUUCCAGCAGGGCAUGGCGUGUUUGGCGUCUGCGGUCGCCGAGAGGCUCGACCGCCACGAGAGGGCUCUGGCCGCUCUCCUGGGCCCGCCCGCGGACGAGCAGACUGGCCCGCGCAGGGCGAAAGCCGACGGCCCCUCGCCCGUCUGGGCGCCGCACGCCCUGCGGCAGGGCGAGGACUGCGAGGUGUGGAGCACGACGGGGCGAGCCUGGAUCGCGGGCCAGGUCACCAAGGUGUACGAGGAGGACGCGGUGGACUGCGGCCACACCGUCCAAGCCGGCACGGUCCGCGUGAUCACGCCCAACAGCAUCAAGUUCAUCAGGGCGGCCGAUGUGCCCCGCAAGCUGCGCCGCCCGCCGAGGCCCGCGCCGUGCACAGACGGCACGGAGAGGGCGAUCGCCAGGGCGCUCGCGCUGGACACCGUGGCGGCCGUGCAGGAGGCCGUGGCCGCCGCCGAAGUCCGGAUCGUGUCCGCGGUCGAGGACCUCAAGUCCAGGCUGGCCGACACCACGAGUAGCAGCGCCGACUUGCAGCGCGUGUUGGACGCGGUCGCCAGCAGGGCCACGGCUGCGGACGUGCAGAGGGCGGUGCAGGACUUCAGCCCAAAGCUGGCGGUGGACCUUCAGCCCGUGCUGGACGCGAUCGCCAGCAGGGCGACAACUGCGGACGUGCAGCUGGCGGUGCAGGACUUCAAGCCUCAGCCAGCCGUGGACCUUCAGCCCGUGCUGGACGCCGUCUCAAGCAGGGCUACAGCGGCAGAUGUGCAGCAGGCGGUUUGCAAUUUCAGGCCAGUGCCUGUGACUGUGAAAACCGACGUUGACUUGCAGCCCGUGUUGGACGCGGUCGCCAGCAGGGCGACAGCGGCGGACGUGCAGCGGCUGGUGCAAGACAUGAAGGCCCAGGAAGAGGUGAACCUUCAGCCUGUGUUGGACGCGAUCUCGAGCAAGGCCGCACUUUCAGCCGUGGAGAAGUUGGCGCAGGACUUCAGGCCUCAGCCGGCCGUGGACCUUCAGCCUGUGCUGGACGCCAUCUCAAGCAGGGCUACCGCCGCAGAUGUGCAGCAGGCGGUUUGCAAUUUCAGGCCAGUGGCUGUGAAUACCGACGUUGACUUGCAGCCCGUGUUGGACGCAAUCGCCAGCAAGGCGACAGCGGCGGACGUGCAGCGGGUGGUGCAAGACAUGGAGGCCCAGCAAUUGGCGAACCUUCAGCCUGUGUUGGACGCGAUCUCGAGCAAGGCCGCACUUUCAGCCGUGGAGAAGGUGGCGCAGGACUUCAGGCCUCAGCCUGCCGUGGACCUUCAGCCUGUGCUGGACGCCAUCUCAAGCAGGGCUACAGCCGCAGAUGUGCAGCAGGCGGUUUGCAAUUUCAGGCCAGCGCCUGUGACUGUGAAUACCGACGUUGACUUGCAGCCCGUGUUGGACGCGGUCGCCAGCAGGGCGACAGCGGCGGACGUGCAGCGGCUGGUGCAAGACAUGAAGGCCCAGGAAGAGGUGAACCUUCAGCCUGUGUUGGACGCGAUCUCGAGCAAGGCCGCACUUUCAGCCGUGGAGAAGGCUGGCGCAGGACUUCAGGCCUCAGCCGGCCGUGGACCUUCAGCCUGUGCUGGACGCCAUCUCAAGCAGGGAUACAGCAGCAGGUGUGCAACAGGCGGUUUGCAAUUUCAGGCCAGCGCUUGUGAAUGCCGACGUUGA